GAGUCGCCGGGGUUCUCUGGAGCCGGCGGGCGAUGCCAGACGCCUGACAGGAGCAGCCGGGGCCGCCGGCUGCCUCUCCCGCGUCCCGCACUCGGGGCCCCUGCCUGCCACUGCUCUCUUGGGCUCGCUGCCUCCCGCUCCCCCGGCCAUGCCGUGGCUGUGGCCGCUGACCGUCUCUCUCGCCGUGGUGUCGGCGGUGGGGCUGAGUGCAGUCCCUGGGGCGCCUCCCCUGCUUGGGGGCAGGCCCAGAGCCGCAUCUGAGGAGGAACAGCAGCGCCGGGCCAAGCGGGGCACGGAGGACGAGGAGGCCAAGGGGGUGCAGCAGUAUGUCCCCGAGCAGUGGGCCGAGUACCCCCGGCCCAUCCACCCUGGCGGUCUGCAGCCCACCAAAGCCCCGGUGGCCACCAGCCCCAACCCAGACGGCGGGCAGGAGCCGUGGGGCAACCUGACCGGGACGCAGGGCCAGUGGCUGCAGAUCCGGAACCCGCUGUACCCGGUGACCGAGAGCUCCUACAGCGCCUACGCCGUCAUGCUCCUGGCCCUGGUGGUGUUCGCUGUGGGGAUCGUGGGCAACCUGUCGGUCAUGUGCAUCGUGUGGCACAGCUACUACCUGAAGAGCGCCUGGAACUCCAUCCUGGCCAGCCUGGCCCUCUGGGACUUCCUCGUGCUCUUCUUCUGCCUCCCGGUGGUCGUCUUCAACGAGAUCACCAAGCAGAGGCUGCUGGGGGACGUGUCGUGCCGGGCCGUGCCCUUCAUGGAGGUCUCCUCCCUGGGCGUCAGCACCUUCAGCCUCUGCGCCCUGGGCAUCGACCGCUUCCACGCGGCCACCAGCACGCUGCCCGUGGGGAGGCCCAUCGAGCGGUGCCAGUCUAUCCUGGCCAAGCUGGCCGUCAUCUGGGUGGGCUCCAUGACGCUGGCCGUGCCGGAGCUCCUGCUGUGGCAGCUGGCGCGGGAGCCCGCCCCCCCGGCGGGCACGGUGGACGCGUGCGUCAUGAAGCCCUCGGCCAGCCUGCCCGAGACCCUCUACUCGCUGGUGAUGACCUACCAGAACGCCCGCAUGUGGUGGUACUUCGGCUGCUACUUCUGCCUGCCCAUCCUCUUCACGGUCACCUGCCAGCUGGUGACGUGGCGCGUGCGCGGGCCGGCGGGCAGGAAGGCUGAGUGCCGGGCGGGCAGGCACGAGCAGUGCGAGCGCCAGCUGCAGGGCACCGUGGUGGGGCUGACGGUGGUCUACGGCCUGUGCGUGCUGCCCGAGAACGUGUGCAACCUGGUGGUGGCCUACCUGGCCCCCGAGCUCACGCGCCACACGCUCGACCUGCUGGGCCUCGUCAACCAGUUCUCCACCUUCCUCAAGGGCGCCGUCACGCCCGUGCUGCUGCUGUGCGUGUGCCGCCCGCUGGGCCAGGCCUUCCGGGACUGCUGCUGCUGCUGCUGCGACAGCUGCCCCGCGGCCCCCGACGGCCCCGAGCACAAGCGCAGCGCCCAGAUGGCCGCCUCCGUCUACUUCCACAAGCCCAGGGAGCCGCCGCCGCUGGCCCUGGGCACGCCCUGCUGAGGACGCCCGCCCGGAGGGGCCGCCCGGGGCCAGGCGGGCCCCCCUGCAGCCCUGUCCUCCAGGUGCGGGGACGGGGGACAGCAACAGGGGGCAACUGUGGGGUCCUCAGAACUGUCCAGACACUUGGUCCCACCAGCCAGGAGCCCGAGCGUCACCCUCGCAUGCUGGCCCUGCCCUUUCCUCCUUCCCUCCGUCUCUCUCCGUCUCUCUUCCUAUCUCUCUGUCUCUCCCUGCCUCCAUGUCUCCCUGUCUCUGUCUCUUUGUUUCCCCCUGUCUCUGACUUUCCGUAUCUCUGUCUCUCCCUCUGUCUCUGUUUCUCCCUCUCUCUUUCUCUCUCUCUCUGUCUCUCUCUGUCUCUUUGUCUAUCUCUCUUGGUUUCUCCCUGUCUCUGUCUCUCCCUAUCUUUGUCUCUCCCUCUGUCUCUUCCUCUUGGUCUCUGUCUCCCUCUGACUUUCUCUCUGUCUCCCUAUCUGUGCCUUUCCCUGUCUCUCUGUCUCUGUCUGUCUCUCCUCAUCUCCCUAUCUCUAUCUCUCCCUGUCUCUCUCUGUCUCUGUUUUCUCCCUGUGUCUGUUUGUCUGUCUCUCAGAAGCCGCCUCCACCCUAGGGGUGUCUUGCUGGAAUGGGGGUGUGCCUUGACGGCUCAGCCUGCUCCCCCUGGUCCGGCCCAGUCCCCUUCUGGACGCCAGCCCCUGGUGUCCUCUUUCCGGACCAGGACGUUCUUCCUCGGCCGUGCCCCGGGGCCCGGGCCCCGCCCCUUUGCUAGGUGCUUCCCUGUAGAAGUUCUUGUUGAAGAAUAAUAAACUAGGUCGACCCGC